AGGCGGGUGCCGGUGCCGUUGCCGCCGCUGCCGUCGCAGGGGGGGAGUCGGGUUCCCAGAAAGUAGCUUGAUGAGUGUCCAAAGUAGCAGUGGAAGUUUGGAGGGGCCGCCAUCUUGGUCCCAGCUCUCCACGUCUCCAACCCCGGGCUCGGCGGCGGCGGCCAGGUCCCUGCUGAAUCACACGCCGCCAUCCGGGAGGCCCAGGGAAGGUGCAAUGGAUGAGCUUCACAGUCUGGAUCCAAGAAGGCAAGAAUUACUGGAAGCUAGGUUUACAGGAGUUGCGAGUGGGAGCACGGGGAGCACGGGCAGCUGCAGUGUUGGAGCCAAAGCCUCAACAAAUAAUGAAAGCUCUAAUCACAGUUUUGGAAGCUUGGGAUCUUUAAGUGACAAAGAAUCAGAGACACCAGAGAAGAAACAAUCAGAAUCAUCCAGAGGAAGAAAAAGAAAAGCAGAAAAUCAGAAUGAAAGUAGUCAGGGAAAAAGUAUUGGGGGACGUGGCCACAAAAUUAGCGACUAUUUUGAAGUUCGACCGAAUAGCCCUUCUCCUACUGCGUUAGCUUUUGGGGACCACCCUAUUGUACAGCCAAAGCAGUUAUCCUUUAAAAUUACUCAGACUGAUCUUACGAUGCUGAAAUUAGCAGCAUUAGAAAGUAAUAAAAACCAGGACCUGGAAAAGAAGGAAGGUCGUAUAGAUGACUUGCUCAGGGCUAAUUGUGAUCUCAGACGGCAGAUAGAUGAGCAACAAAAACUACUUGAAAAAUACAAAGAGCGAUUAAAUAAGUGCAUAUCAAUGAGCAAGAAGCUGCUUAUUGAAAAGAGUACACAAGAAAAACUGUCAAGCCGAGAGAAGAGUAUGCAAGACAGAUUACGCCUUGGGCAUUUCACGACAGUUAGACAUGGUGCUUCAUUUACUGAACAAUGGACAGAUGGUUUUGCAUUUCAGAAUCUUGUAAAGCAACAAGAAUGGGUGAAUCAGCAAAGGGAAGAUAUUGAAAGGCAAAGGAAACUUCUAGCCAAACGCAAACCUCCCACAGCUAAUAAUUCUCAGGCACCCUCUACCAAUUCUGAAUCAAAACAAAGGAAAAACAAAGCAGUCAAUGGAGCAGAAAAUGAUCCUUUCGUUAGACCAAAUUUACCACAACUGUUGACUUUGGCAGAAUAUCAUGAACAGGAAGAAAUUUUCAAACUUAGACUAGGACAUCUCAAAAAGGAAGAGGCAGAAAUCCAGGCAGAACUUGAACGUUUGGAAAGAGUCAGAAAUCUUCAUAUUCGAGAGCUCAAAAGAAUAAAUAAUGAAGAUAAUUCACAGUUCAAAGAUCACCCAACGUUAAAUGAAAGAUAUUUAUUGCUCCAUCUGCUUGGUAGAGGUGGCUUUAGUGAAGUAUAUAAGGCUUUUGACCUUUAUGAACAAAGAUAUGCUGCUGUGAAGAUCCACCAGCUUAAUAAAAGCUGGAGGGAUGAGAAGAAGGAAAACUACCACAAACAUGCCUGCAGAGAGUAUAGAAUACACAAAGAACUGGAUCACCCCAGAAUAGUUAAACUCUAUGACUAUUUCUCCUUGGAUACAGAUACGUUUUGUACAGUGUUAGAAUACUGUGAAGGCAAUGACUUGGAUUUCUAUCUGAAGCAACAUAAAUUAAUGUCAGAGAAAGAAGCUAGGUCUAUUGUAAUGCAAAUUGUAAAUGCACUAAGAUAUCUCAAUGAAAUCAAACCCCCUAUUAUACAUUAUGAUCUUAAGCCAGGAAACAUCCUCCUGGUAGAUGGAACAGCGUGUGGAGAAAUCAAAAUCACUGAUUUUGGUCUGUCCAAGAUCAUGGAUGAUGACAGCUAUGGUGUAGAUGGAAUGGAUCUAACUUCCCAAGGGGCAGGCACAUACUGGUAUUUACCUCCUGAGUGUUUUGUAGUUGGAAAGGAACCACCAAAGAUUUCCAACAAGGUUGACGUGUGGUCAGUUGGAGUCAUCUUCUUUCAAUGUCUUUAUGGUAGAAAGCCAUUUGGUCACAAUCAAUCUCAGCAAGACAUUCUUCAAGAAAAUACAAUAUUAAAAGCCACUGAUGUCCAGUUCCCUGUAAAACCUGUUGUAAGCAGUGAAGCAAAGGCCUUUAUAAGACGCUGUUUGGCAUACCGAAAAGAAGAUAGGUUUGAUGUGCACCAACUGGCAAAUGACCCCUACCUUCUCCCACACAUGAGAAGAUCCAAUUCUUCAGGCAACUUACACAUGGCUGGGCUGACCGCAUCCCCCACACCCCCUUCUUCGAGCAUAAUUACUUACUGACUUUCCUCCAAAAUCGGCAUGUCGUCUUUGAAUCGCUUCCAGAUGCACACUUGAGUUUGAGAGCUUUUGAGUGUUUUUGUUGUUUUCUUUUUUACACAGGAUAUGAUUGAGAACUGUUUGUGAACUGAAGUUCUUCAUAGAAGUUUGUAUAGAGUGGAUCAUGGACCCUGAAUAAAUGUACACCUCUGACUGUAACCUUAAGCAGUGAAGGGUGACUGCCUGUUGCAGAGAAACAGGAAUACCAUGUUAAAGAAAAGUGGUUUUUGUUGGGGAGGGGAACACUGUAAAUAACGUUUAUAAUACUUCAGUAGAUUUGGUUGUUACUCGAGAGUUCUAAUAUGAAGGGUAGUUUUUCAUUAUUUAAAAACACAUGGAAAAUGAGACAUAUCUCUAACACAAGAACUAUAGAGUGCCUGGAUACAUUAUUCAGCAUUCAGCAGUUUAUCUGCUGCAACCAAAGUAAGAACGGAAUGACGCUGACAGUUGUAUUUUACAGUAACAGGAUGUGAGAGAAUCUUUGGGCAAAGUUAGACUUUGUCAUUUGCCUAUUCUGGCUUUUACCAGGUUGUACCUCGAAAUCACAUGUCCGCUCUUUUCACUGGUUAUGUUAAAGGGAGAACUGUUCCUAGAUACUUUAGGCCUUUGACAAAGUACACUGCUUAUUUUGGAAUCAAUUGAAGUCACUAAAUUAUGGUAUUUCCAGUGUUCUCAACAUGUUAGAACUGUUAACAGGUAUUUUUAUUUUGUUACCAGGCCUUGUUCAUUCAAACAAGUGACAAUAUGUAACCAAAUGCAGACCAGUUCUAUGCAGGAUAAUGAUAAAUUCCCUUCUAGCUCUAUUGUAAAUUGUUGUACAGAUGUCAUAUUUCAACUAGCAAGUUUCAGCAGCUUAUUCUUGUACAAAUGUUUAAAAAUAUGGCUUUUCUAAUUGGAUAUUGUAUUUUUUUUAAGUCUUCUUGAAGGCGCUUUAAUUGCUGCUAAAUGGUGUUGCUUCUUUGCUUAAAAAAAAAAAAUCAGAUGACCUCCUUAAAAGGUGCAAGUUGGACUGUACAUCAUAGAAAGAUUAUUAAAAGCAGGCAUUUGUUAACAAUCAAGGCAUGAAAAAAAUGAUCCAUGUUGGACAUAAAGAGUUCUUGAAAUCAGUUUCUUGAUUUCUAGGGCUGUGGGAGCACAUAUAUAAUAGAUUUAUAAAUUGUUCAUGGUAAUUCUACAUUUCUAGCAGGUUCUAAUCAGCAAGGUGGGAUGACAGUCCCUUAAACAAGUUUCUUGCGGUUUGUACAGAUUUGUUAAAAUGUGAACAUUUCCUAACUGCCUUGUAUGGUAGAAACCAUUAUUUUCAGGAUGCUGUAUUUCACUCCUUUAAGAAAUUUCUUUAUCAUCACAUUCAUAAUGCUGAUUCUUACAUGUAAAUUGUCCAUGUUGCUGAAAAAGGAGGCUAUGUUUAACACAGAUUCUCCUUAAUAUUGUACAGUUAAUGGUGGCUCUAAUUUCUGAUAUUGCAAGCCAUUUUGUUCUUUCAUUGUACAUAGACACAUUGUCUCUUUAAGAUGCUGCUGAAAUUGUAGAGAAUGUAGCCAAAACAGUAAUAAACAAUGACAGUUAAAAUUUAAAGACUAUGAAAUUACAUUUGAAGGGAGCUUUCAAGACUUAGGACAUUGACUGGGCUCCUUUACUUAAGAAUCAGCUGAAUAAAUUCUUGAAGUAUACUUCAAGAUAAGCAUGAAUGGGUUUCAAGCUGUUAAAGUAUGCCUAAUAACCAUUAUCAAGGCUAAUCCUAGGUAAGUAACACUUAGCCCUAUUGGGAAUGGCUUAAGGGCUGUACCUGUUCUCUGUAGAUCAAGAUAGAAAUCCUAUUUAAAAAAAUACUGACAUAAGUAAUGGAAUGCUGGCAUUAAUUGAGUGCUUUAGGUGCUGUCUGCAAAUUUUUCAGUUUUGUUGUUUGAGUUUUCAUUCUUCUGAAAUGUUCAUUAUAGUAACUGUUAUUUAAAGUCCCCAAUUAAAAUACCCAGUUUUGUUUAAAAUUUUAGUGAGGUAUAUAAGUGGAUGUCUACAUCUAACAUGAGAUUGAAGAAGAGGUACAGACUUAGAUCACUGGCCUUUAUCAUAUUAUUUUCAAAUAAAUGGAAAUGACUGCUAGUGUCAAAAUGCAAAAAAAGAAGAGAAUAAGCCAUAAAAUAAAAUUGCUUCCCUGGGCUUAGGUAACCAUCUGUUUAGAAUCCAAGGUGUGUAAGUGAUAAGCCAGCUUUUAGACCCUCUAUUCCUCUUAAAAGUUUUUCCAAAGAAAUGACACAGCUUUGGGAUAGUAUGCCCCUACCCCAGCAAGUACAAGAUGCUAACUGAGCCAAAGUGAGAACUGUUACCUUUACCUGAGACACUAGUAUUUAUCACUGAUUUCAGUCAUGCUGGUAAUCUUUUACUCCAAUUAGCUUUUGAGGCUUAAAUUGUUUUUUGUUCUCCUAAAUUCUGUCCUCAGAAUUAAAGCAUUUCCUUUACUCUUAGACAGUAGUCAAGGUCUCCUCCCUUUAAGAAGCACUGCAAGGUAAAUGUAUAGUUUCUGCAUAUAAUUUAAAAUAUUUCUCUGAUAUGAAUUAGCUUUAGUGCAUGCAUGCCAAGAGGAAGUAAGUGUAGAAACCACACUAAUUUAUUAAGUCUGCAGUUGGGUAGAUACUUGGUUGUUUUUCAAAAAUAAAGUUUUAAGUCUAUUUUUUACUCACUGGCUGUCAUCCCCCUCUCCUAAAAAAAUAAUUUUCAAUUUAAAUGGUACAUAAAAUGUGAACAAAUACUUCUACAAAUACCUCAUUACAUGAAACCAAAAUGGUAGAAUUUCAGUGAAACAAAUUUAAAGAAUAUAUUCUGUGUUUUGCUGUUGAUUGUUACUUAUUAAAUACAGUAAUGCUGAUUACCAUUAGAUGUUACUAGCUAUGUUUUGCAGCAGUAGUGCAGACUGCCCAGGCCUAUUAGAUUGUGAGUUUACUUUUAGAAUUUACAUUACAAAAGGCAGACUUACACUUAAACACAUUUUAACAUCACACUGGCACGUCUGAAAAUAAUCCCACUUUAAAUUUUGACAUGUUAUCUGAUCAUUUUCCUCCCAAAUAUACUAAACUUUAAUAUUCUUAGGGCUUAAUUUAUUUUAAAAAUUAUUUUAGCAACUAGCUUUAAAAUAAUUAUUAGAAUUCUAGUUCUUGGGUUUCAGGAAUUCUGUAAAAGUCUUAGAAUUUCUACAACCUUCUGUUGAUUUGAAUUAUAACAUACGUAUCUCCACCAUUUACCUUCCCCUGCUUUCAUUUCCCUCCUUUUUUUGAAGAUUCUUCUCGUUGAGAAUUCUUGUAUUUUUGAAUGGGAACGAUUUGAGUAAAUGUGUAUAGACUAACUUCAGAACAACUGCAUAGGGCCAGAGGAGAACUCAGGAGUUAUCUUUUAUUAGGAUCAAAAUGCAUCUGGAAAUUCUCACUCAUUUAACAUACUGGAAAUGUAUAUUACCUACAUACAUAUGACAGUUUUAAAAGGGCAAUCGCAAUAGUACUGGUUAAGAACCCAGUUUAUAACCAGGUUCUUUGGGUUUAAAUGUUGACUGCCAUUUACUGCCACUGUGUCUCAAGUUCCUCAUCUGAAAAUGAGGAUAACAGUACCUACCACACAAAGUGGUUGCAAGGAAUAAAUGAGUUCAUGCACAUAAAGCACUUAGAACCACACCCAGCUCAUUGUAAUACCAUGUGUAUAAAGCUAUUAUUCUCA